GAGGCCUUGGUUUCUGUCGGGUGCUAGGCUGUGAACCCCCUGGCGCCCACCGCUAGCCAAGGAAACGCCCAGCCCCACUAAUCCACCCCUGGCCAGGGGCGCCUAGGCUGUGGACAGACCGACGUAACGGCCUGGAAGCUUCUUGCAUUCGAUGAUUUUCCAGGCCUCCAUCCCAACACACCCGAAAUGCACUCGUGACAGGCCACCCCCAUUUCUGAUCCCAACCCCUCGAAAUGCCUCUGGCGGUGCUCGCCGAGUUCAUCAUCAAUGGCCCGCCGCCGUGGAUGCCCGACCCGUGGCUGCUUCUCAAGGCGGGCACGGGUCUCGGCGCCCUCGCCGUGACCAAGCGCUACAUGUCGGGCGCCGCAUCCACGGCCGAGCGCGUCAUGCACGGCCGCGUCGUGUUGAUCACGGGCGGCACGUCGGGCAUUGGCGCCGCCACCACGUACGAGAUGGCCCGCCGCGGCGCCCAGGUGGUGCUACUGACCCACGUCGCCGCCUCGGACCCCUUCCUAGUCGAGUUCAUCGAGGACAUGCGUGAGCGCACCGGAAACCACCUCAUCUACGCCGAGCACGUCGACCUGACCUCGCUGCACAGCGUCCGCCAGUUCGCCACCCGCUGGAUCGACAACGCCCCGCCUCGCCGCCUCGACAUGAUCAUCCUGUGUGCUGCCACGCUGACCCCCCCCGACGGCUCCCGCACCGAGACCGCCGAGGGCGUCGAGACGACGUGGAUGGUCAACUACCUGGCAAACGUCCACCUGCUGGCCAUCCUGAGCCCGGCCAUCCGCGCCCAGCCCUUUGACCGCGACGUGCGCAUCAUCCUGACCACGUGCUCUGCCUACAUCGGGUCGCCGCCCCUUGACGCCGUGCUCGAUAAGAAGGACUGGUCACCCGGCCGCGCCUACGCCCGGAGCAAAUUGGCCCUCAUGUCGUUUGGCAGGGCGUACCAGAAGCACCUCGACGCCUACAAGCGGCCCGACGACCUGCCCAUGAACGCCCGCGUGUUCCUGGUCGACCCGGGCCUCUCCAGGACGCCGGGCACGCGGCGCUGGCUCUCGCGCGGCUCGCUGUGGGGCCUUUUGCUCUACGUGCUGCUCUACGCCUUCUCGUGGCUAUUCCUCAAGAGCCCCGAGAUGGGCGCCCAGUCCAUCUUGUUUGCCGUGUUCCAGGAAAGCCUAAUCCGCCUCCCCGGCGGCCGGCUGAUCAAGGAGUGCAUGGUGGUAGACUGCGCGCGCAAGGACGUCGACGACGAAGCCAUUGCCAAGAAGCUCUGGGAGUCGAGCGACAAGCUGAUUGAGAGGGUCGAGAAGGAUGAGGCUGUCCGGAGAGCCAGGGCCAAGAAGGAGCUAGAAAAGAUGGAAGACGAGGCCAAGACGGCCGAGAAGGUCGACGAGAUUGAGUCCCUGCUAGACACCAUCAAGAAGGGCAAGGCGAACGAGGCCAAAAAGAGCGCCGCCUCCAGCAAAAAACCAAAGCCUGGCGGCGGCAAGGCUGCUCGGUAAUACAUUGAAUCGGGCCAGUCUUCUGUUCGGCCCGCUGCUGUCUUGUUCAAAUCUAUAUUUCAUCGUGUGUGAAAGUGACUGAGAAGCUGCAUGUCCUCUCUUUGCGGGGACACUAACUGCUACGGAUAUCGUUCCCGCCUUAGCUCCCUGCCUAGAAGGGUAAGAAUGUUCGCUGGAGCGGGGCUAAAACCGGCAAAUCUUCACGUGAAGAACAUGGGGAAGUGGGAGACUGACGGGAUCAUCCCGCCACUUUCAAUGACGAGAGAAGGCGCCCCUUUUCAACUAUCGACCGUAGACCACAUAGCAACACGCCUCUUCACCGAGAGCUUUAGCAAUUCAACCAUUCCGAACUGCCUUUUCCAAUAGCA